UUAUAUUUUAAUUUGCAGAAGUUGACGGAGAAGAAAAGAAGUCUAAGAAGAAGAAGGACAAGGAUAAGGAUCGUGAAGGCCGAGGAAGGAAAAGAUCAAGAUCUCGAAGUGUCGAGAAGAAACGAAGAUCAAGAUCUAUGAGUGGAGAACGGUUAUCCACCCUGGCGGUCCUCCCUCCUGCAGCUAUUGAUCAUGAGUUUGAGGAGAACAAGUGGGCCUUGAACAUGACCCUGAUAGGAGACGCUCACUGGAAAUCCUUGCAUAAGGUGGAAGACACCAAGAACGUUGUUCUAAGAAUGGAGAAAAAAGUAAAUUUCAAGAUUCUGUGCAAUGAAAAUGAGACUCUAUCAUCACUGUAUGAUGAUACAAGAGACAUGCUCCUGGUGAACCUCUCUCAAGCAUGUGUUAAAGUUGGAAUAUCUAUUGGUACAAUGGAUCUGUCGGAUCCGAACCUGAUCACGUUAAAGGAUGCUCCUAUGGACGAGGUUAAGAAAAGAAAUGAGCCAAAGCUGAUGUCCAAAGCUCGUAUUUUCAAGGAUUUGGUUCUUAACCUUGUCAGACAGAAUAAACAGGUGAUAGUAAUGAUACCUCCUCAUGGAGAGGAGAGGAUUGAGGUUCAUGCACACUGGGAGGAGAUCCUACUCAACAAACUCAAGGAUAUCCGCUUCCCAAACAUUAAAAUUCUAAAUAUGGCUCAGACGAUGAGAAGCUCGAUGUCUGAGUUUAGGAACAACAAGGAGUAUCUUGAUAUGUGGCUUCUUCCUCAUCAUAAACCAAGAAAAUAUCUGUCUGACUAUGGAACUCGACGACUAUUCUACGCAUUGCGUAAAACGGUGACUGCUAGAACUCCACAUCAAGCAGACAUGGGUAACUGGCCUACAUCACAAACACACCCUCUGCCCACACCCCAGAUCAGUAAUCUUCCUCCGCCAGCAUACAAUCAAGGAUUUUCAUCCAAAUCUAUGGCGAAUAUGUCGGCCAUUGCUCCUCCAAGACUUGAGGACUAUCCUUGUCCUAGAUGUACACGUCCAGGACACACUCCUGAUACAUGUAAGAGUAAGGAUAAGGUCUGCAGAAACUGCAACAAUGUUGGACACUUUGUAGAGGUUCAUGAUGUAACGGACGAAAGGUUUAGACAGUUAAUCGUGAGUGUCCUAAAAAUAAAUCUAUGGGAUAAUGGCAAGCUAUCAGGAGGUUUUGAUGGAAACCAUCACGGAGAUUAUGAACCUGAAAUAAAACGAGGACGGAAUGAUCAACCUGCUCUACACAAGAGAAUCCCCUUGGAUCAGCUUGCUGAGAUGGAGCAAUCCAGGGAUCAGAGAGGGGAUGGAUGGGGUGGACGGGGAAGAAAUGAUUACUAUUGAUAACUGGCCGAUGCGGAAGUAGAAUUCAGAGAAAGAGCAUUUUAUCAUUUAAAUCCAAUCAUUGUUGUUAUACAUUAUCAUAUAAAUAAAACAGUGUUCAACAGUU